UUAAAUUCCAAAGCAAAAAUAUGAGCAAUCCCUUCAACUCAAGCUUUGAAGCAGUCAAUUACACUGGAAAUUUUCCGAAGCCAACAAAGAGUUCUUCUAGGAACCACUCUUCCAACCAAUACGGAUUGAACAAACUGCUUGUACAUAAGACUGCACCUAGCUUGUAUCCAACCAAGGUUUACAAGCCACUCAAAAGGAGCUCCCUCAAUAUCAGUGAUUACUACAAUGGUGCAGAAGACAGAAACUAUAAAAAAGGGAACAAAAUUAGCAAGAGAAUUAAGAGAGAAAUUUCUCCAACCUUCGGAGAAGAUAUCAAUAAGCAGUUAAAUGUUUAUAAGGACGUCACACGCAAAUAAAACAAAAUCAGGCUUGAAUUCGUCCUUCUCAUGCUAUAUGAAUGGAAUGAAAAUGACCCAGUUACCAAAAUACCACAAAAGCAAUUGAAAGCUAAUGUCUUUCAAGAACAAAUCCUCAAAGGCACCCAAAUGCCUGCCUGUUAAAACUUUCAAAUAAAAUGAAAGAUCUGGACCAAUACUCUGCAGCUCAAAGUAAACAGUUUGCAGAAAUGCUAUCAACUAAGAAGUCUUCUAAAGCUCAUUCAAAGGCAAGCUCAAAAGGUCAGAAAUAUCUGAAAAAGACUAUCACAACGGGAAAGAACCUGUUCACUCAUUCUCCUGAAAGUAUCCAAGAAAAUGAGCUUAUCAAGGAUUCAUCUAUAAUUGGAGGCCUUGGUGGGACCAGAGAUACUGCAGAAAUCUGAGAGAGGUUCUCUACUCACACUGGUAGCGGCCAUGGAAGUUGUAUCAACAGAGCUACUUCAUUCAAAAAAUUUUCUAAUACCUACUCUGAUAUUUCCACACCAAUAAGAAGCAACAAUGAGAAAGCACGUAUGAACUCAACCAAAAUCUGAAAUAAUAAAAGAGUCAGGAGGAGAUUCAACAUUAGCCACAGUACUGAGACCAAGAGACAUGGUAAUCAUUCAAGAAGACGCCAGAAAUUAUAAGCAAAGCUCUGAAACAAUCACACUCGCCUAACCCUUCAGGAUUUCUCAUUGAUUUAUUCUCUCUAACACAACAAGAGAUUACUCUCAGAAGUGAUGUUCAGACCAGGAUUUCAGCUGUAAACUCCUUUAUCACCAGCAAUCCAAAGAUAUCAUCCAAAACAAGGCAAGUCCUGAAUGGUAUGAAAGACCUUGUAACUAAGAUUGACAAAUUCUACCAAUCAGAGCUCCAAAAAUCCCAAAAUACUUCAAAAAUCCUUUCUGCAGAACUGAAUUCCAAAACUCUCGAGCUGGCUUCCCUCAGAAAGGAAUUUGACCUGAAGCUGAAGUCCAAGCAGGAAGAAAUCACUAAGCUUUCUGAACAACACAAAGUCGAUGUCAAGAAGGUGGAGGAACGACUCAGAGGCAAAUACGCAGAAGUAGUUGAGAAAAUGAACAAGUACUUCAUCGAUUCCGAAUGCUCCAAUUUCAGCCAGAUCAGCGAUGAGAGAAGAGGCGACGAUCAUGAAGAUACAAAGAAGAAUGAAGUACCAGCAAAUAACACUAAAGGUCAUCCUUUGGUCCCGAAACUUGACCUUACAGAGGUAGUACCGGAUAUUUAUGACUCAUCUCAUGGCCAAACUCCUGAUCAUGGGAUGGAAUGAGACAUUGAUGAUGAGAAAGGAGUUCAAAGUAGUUAUAGAAAGUAUUUCUUCCCAGGAAGUUCCCGAGUCACAACUGUAAAGAGAGUCAACUCUCUUGAGAAAAGAAAACAAGCGAUUAUAAACAUUCUUUAUGAAGAAUGAAAAGAUAAGCAGCAAGUUGACUCAAGUGAAGAAAUAGUUAAUCUUCUUAACUCUUUUUAA